GUUUCAGAGGAUGAGGAGAUCGGAGUUCGGCUCCCCAAGUUGAUUUCUGAGUGCUUUGGAAUCCCCGGGAGAACUUAGGUGAUGUUCCGUUGGCUCUCUACAAUGUCUACUGAAAUGGCAAAGAAUAUUUUGACUGUGUCUGCAAGGACAAAACUCUUACAAACAGGGGUGUCGCUUUAUAACACCUCUCAUGGCUUCCAUGAGGAGGAAGUGAAAAAGAUACUGGAACAGUUUCCUGGUGGAUCCAUUGAUCUUCAGAAGAACCAGAACGGCAUUGGUAUACUGACUCUGAACAACCCCAGUAAAAUGAAUGCCUUCUCAGGUGUCAUGAUGCUACAACUUUUGGAAAGGGUAAUUGAAUUGGAAAAUUGGACAGAAGGGAAAGGCCUCAUUGUCCAUGGUGCAAAAAAUACCUUUUGCUCAGGAUCUGAUCUGAAUGCUGUGAAGGCACUCUCCACUCCAGAGAAAGGAGUGGCCUUAUCUAUGUUCAUGCAGAACACCUUAACAAGAUUUAUGAGACUACCAUUAAUAAGCGUUGCUCUGGUUCAAGGCUGGGCAAUGGGUGGAGGAGCAGAAUUUACUACAGCAUGUGAUUUCAGGUUAAUGACUGUGGAGAGUGUGAUCAGAUUUGUCCACAAGGAUAUGGGUAUAGUUCCAAGCUGGGGUGGUGCCAGCCGGCUGAUUGAAAUCAUUGGCAGCAGACAAGCGCUCAAAGUGUUAAGUGGCAGCCUCAAACUGGAUUCCGAGAAAGCUUUAAACAUGGGCUUAGCUGAUGAGGUCUUACAGUGCUUUGAGGAGGCUAAGGCUCUACAGGAGGCACAAGAGUGGCUAGAGCAAUUUGUCAGUGGGCCUCCGGAAGUCAUUAGAGGGUUAAAAAAGUCCGUUUGUUCAGGCAGAGAGCUACUUUUAGAGGAAGCAUUACAGAAUGAAAGAGAUGUUUUAGGAACACUGUGGGGCGGUCCUGCAAAUUUGGAGGCUGUUGCUAAGAGAGGGAAGCACACUAAGUAGUUAACUAAGUGUGGGUGGACUACAAGUUGACGCUGCAGUAAGAACAUGGAUGGAAGUGAAAUGAUAUUCCCCUGAGCAGCAGAAUUCAUUUGAGCUGACUGCUAAAGUGCUUAUUUGGUUUGGAUGAUAUUUUUCAUAUCUCAGUUUGUUCUUUUUUUAACAUUUGCUUAAAUCACUUCUACCAAUUUCUACAUUCCUACAGUAAUUCUUGUCCUAGAGCCAAAGAUCAAUAUUCAAACAGCAAAUCUAUUCUUGGGCUUAUCUUUUGUAAUAUGUUAAUUUAAAUUUUAAGGCAAAGUCUUAAACUUACUAUGCCACCAUCUCCCAAAUGCUGGUAUAUGCUAUUGUUUCUGGUCAUUUUAUUCUUUCUUAAGUUGAUGUAAUUUACAAAAGCAAAAUUAAAAACAAAAGACCUCAGUAAAUUUUUCUUAUGAAGCAAACAGAAGGGAGGAUUAGAGGUGUGUAAGAAAUACUAGUUGCUUUUUCUGCUUUGUACACUUGGAAUACUGAUGGGAAAUGGUCUUUCAUUAAAAAAAAAAAAAUGCAUCUUUGCUGAACUUGGGAGCUUUAGUUGGCCUUUUUAAGCGUAUUUCAUAUGACCUACUAAACAGUGAAAGCCACUACACAAGAGCACUGACUAGCUGUACAAAGCAGCUUUGCAUUGUUCCCUGGAAUUCUACUGUUGAUGGGGUUUAAUAAUUGAAACUAUUAAAGAUUUGUGAAGCAUCCUUAAACAUUUUCUUUUUUACCAGGUUUUUUGAAUAAUAUUUAACUUUAAUUCUUCCGUGGCUGUCUUUUAAAACUAAAUUUAAUAAACACACAUAAUUGAA